CAGGCCUCGGAUAGAGAGGUUCAGCCACCAUGGGUAUUCUACUUCGUCGAGACUGCUAUGACACUGUCAACGGCCGGGUGUGCGAUGGCAGCACCUGGUAUGACUGGGGUCGUUGGAUCGCUUUUGGAGUUAUUGUCGCUGUGGCACUAACCAUCUUCUUUUUCUUCGCAUGCUACAACGCUCGCCGUCGGCGCAGACAAGGCCUUCGCCCUCAUCCCGGCACUGGAUGGCUUGCUGGUCCUCCUCCCACCUUCCAACAGUCACAGCAACAGGCAGCACAACAAAAUCAACGACCAUACUAUGCAGAUCCCUAUUACCAACAACAACCGCCGCCUCAAUAUAGCCCCCACCCACACGCUUACGGUUAUUUCGGUGGCCAGCAAACAGGAAUCGAAUUGCAAUCACCACCAAACGCAUACCACGGUGGCGAACGUGUAUACCAGGCACCUCCGGGUCCCCCUCCUCCAACUUCCAAGGUGUAACGCUUGACAUCGCGGCCAGUGAAGUGAAACGACCUUUCUCUCCAGAUACCAGAUACAAGGGGUUCCUUGAUCGACCAUUAUGUAAUUACCCAGGCGUCUUUGUUCAUCGGUUAUUGGGAUAUGUCGCUCUCUGCGUCUCAUAGCGUCAGGCUAGGAGGGGAUACCAGAGGGAAUGUGUGACGGUUUAUGAGUUUCCUUGUGCCUAUUUUCUAAGCUCCUUCCACCCAUCCUAUAAUGAAUUAUCGAGGUAGUGCUCUCUUCUCUACGUCA